AUGACAAACGCUCCACGAGUAAUAUACUGGUUCCGUACGGACCUGCGCCUACACGACUCUCCAGCGCUAGCAGCAGCGCUUGAUCUGAAGCCAGAAUGUCUGUACCCUAUUUGGACCUGGGACCCGCACUACGUAUACCGCGCCAGGGUGGGCGUCAACCGCUGGCAAUUCCUCAUCGACUGUCAGAACGACCUCUCUCAAGGCAUCACCAAGAUCAAUAAGAAUUCGAAACUCCUCGUACUACGCGAGGCUCCUCAGACUUUAUUGCCGAAGUUGUUCAAAGAAUGGAAUAUCACACAUCUGGUGUUCGAGAAGGACACGGAUGCGUAUGCGCGAGAACGCGAUGACAAAGUAUGCGAAAUCGCGAAUGAGAUGGGAGUUAGAGUGAUUAUGAAGAGCGGACGUACACUCUAUGAUAGCGACCUGCUGGUCAAAACGAAUCAUGGAAAGCCAACAAUGACCAUAGCGCAAGUGGAAGCCGCAGCAGCAAAACUGGGAAAGGUAGCAAAGCCUCUGCCUGCUCCGUCGAGCCUUCCUGAUCCUGGAGACCUCUCAUUGGAAUUCGAGCAGGAGAAGCCGAAAUCUGAGCCAGACUUCAACAAGUCCCAUCGAGUCAGCGGCGAGGGCUCCUAUGAAGUUGGCAUCUCAGGCCCCAACGGCGAUUUCUCAGUACCGACUCUGAAGGAACUCGGGUUACAGGAAGCGACCACACCUCAUCGGGGAGGCGAGUCAAUAGCUUUAAAAAUACUCGACGAUGUCAUCUCCAACGAGACAUUCACUGCGACAUUUAGCAAGCCCUCUACCGCCCCGACAGCUUUCGAACCGCAAUCUACCUGUCUUACAUCGCCUCACCUGCACUUUGGUACUUUGUCAUGCAGAUUGUUCUGGUACAAAAUACAGGAAGUUCUCGACAGCUACAAGGGCAAGGCUACAGAGCCACCUACCUCCUUGCAUGGACAAUUGCUCUUCAGGGAUAUGUACUUUGGCGCACAAGCAGCAAUAGGCUAUCCUUUUGCGCAGACUGCGAAGAACGAUCACUGUCGCUUCGUGCCUUGGCAUCUGCCUUCGAAGGUCGAUGAGAAGACAGGGUUGAUUACUGGAGAGUACGAGAUAGAUGAUCCCCAAAAGGAGGAAUGGUUCAAGCGCUGGCGCAAUGGUAAAACUGGCUUCCCUUGGAUUGACGCUUUGAUGCGACAGCUAGCGCAAGAGGGCUGGAUACACCACCUUGGUCGCCAUGCAGUAGCCUGCUUCUUGACGCGCGGUGGCUGCUACAUCCACUGGGAACGCGGCGCAGAAGUCUUCGAAGAACUCCUCAUCGACCACGAAACAGCCUGCAACGUCGGAAACUGGCAAUGGCUAGCCUGUGUCGCCUUCUACUCGCAAUACUAUCGAUGUUACUCGCCAAUCGCAUUCCCACAGAAAUGGGACAAGGAAGGUGCGUUUGUCAGAAGAUAUGUUCCUGAACUCAAGGAUAUGCCGACGAAAUACAUCUAUGAACCGUGGAAAGCACCGAUCCAAGAUCAGAAAAAGGCUGGCGUCAUGAUUAAGGGUGAUGGUGAGCAAGAGAAAGAGGGUGAUCUGAAUCUAUAUCCCAAGCCCAUCUUCGACUUCUCAAAGCAGAGAGAAAUCUGUAUUAAUGGCCUCAAGAGCGCGUACAGUAUUGGGUUGUACGGAGACUCGCCACAAGUCUUGGAUGGUACUUGGAAGAAAAUGUUUGAUGACGACGCCGAGGGGCCAACUCAAGGCGACAAGGGAGGACCGGCGGGAUCUCUGGGCGACGCCGACGCUCACGGCACUGAAGAACUCAAGCCCGAUACCAAGGCCACGCCAUCCAAGAAGAGAGGUGGUCAGAGUACGCUCGAGAAGGCAUUCAAGAAGGCGAAGACGUGA